CACUUUUGGCGGUAAUUCGACUCAACUUUUCCCAACUGGAGAUGGAAGUCCAAAGGAGGGGUCUGCGUUUGUUAAACACAUAUGAGCCAGUGGAAUUAAAAAAGACGGUUACCAAGCCAGGUGUUAGCACUCAUUCCAAACCAUCUCCAGUUGCAACUGUUCGAAAGCCUGUGAAAACUGCUAACCAGCCAAAGAUCCUGAAAUUUCCUGUUUACGUGGACCCUGUUGAGGACAAAUGUCAACACUGCGGCAGUCUCCGACUGAAAGUGCCUGGAGAACAGGUGAAGGAAACGAAAGAGAUGUCUGUGCAGGUGAAUCGGACAGAUCUGAAUGAAUUGUUGUGUUCAGGUUUGUUUCUUGCCGUAUCACUAGCAAAAUCUAGUUAAUCCACCUUCAGAUUACUGGGAGUGUCUUGCUGAGGAACGACGAGUAGCGCUGAAAGAGGCUUUGGAUGAGAACAAACAGUUAUGUGAAUUGGUUGAGAAGAUGAAUCUGGAGAUCGACAGACUAAAUUCUAUGAUUUCUCAAAAAGAGUCUACUGAAAAAGCUGAAGGAGAUUCAUCAUGAUCACAUGACAGUUUCGAUAUGGAUAUCAAGAUAGUGAAGUAAUGUAUGACUUAUAAAUACUUGCAACUUUGUAUUUGUGAUGUUUUGUAAUAUUUGUUGUACAUAGA